UGACGCACAAGAUAGCAUUACAUGAAACUAUAUAGCAUUGCGUCAAUUCGUCUUUUAUAUCAUAACUUGGUUUAGAGUUGUGGCAUUCAACGCAGCUAUGGUACUUGCAAAAUUCAUCGUUUUUGUGUCGUUAUACUAUGUCGUUAGCGCGGCAAGUGUAAGCACAAAGCAAGGCUACCUUAUCAUGGACACGGCUAAAACAGCGAGCUGUCACAACAUGCCGAAAAACAAUGUAUGUCCUUCGUUCAACCACCGAGUUGUUGGAGCUAAUAAAACGCUACCCUUGCACCAGAUGAGUUUACAAGUGGUUAAACUCCAACUUGCAGGCGCGCAAUUCUUGAACGCUACCCCGGCGUGCCUUAACGAUGUUCGUGAAUAUUCAUGUUCCAAUGUAUUAAUGAAGUGCAAGAAGAGCAACAUAACAGGAUUUGGUUUCAAGUUGGAUUACGAUGUCAAGCGGACGGAGCAAGCUUGUGCUAAUAUCAAGAAAUCGUGUUCUCCCCUCGUACAAGCUACAACCAUCCACAACUGUUCCAUCAUACAGAGAGAUCCGUUUCAAUUUGCAAUCUGUAACAAGCAUGCUGCUGUCCCUGGUGAUAUCUGCCCAAGUACAGACCAUUUGGUAAAGUAUAGAAUUACAAUAGAACCCCAUUCUCUCAAACUCGGUAAUUUAACUCGUCGGACUUUGCGCUAUCUCGAACGAAUUUCUCAUCGCUUGAGGGUUUGACUGAAAUUUACCAAGUUAACUGAGUUAUCUCGAACUCCAAAAACUUUUAUAAGAAACCAGUCAGUUUCUUAUUAGGGAUUACAUAAAGUCCAAAGAAUGCACUCUUAACACUUUCAUGUACAAAGUUGUCCUUCAGUAGCAUUAUAUAAAUGUUGUUGGUUCAAGUGAGGCCAAAAGCUACUGUUAAAAGUAAAGUAAAAUUAGGCGGAAAUUUUAUUUUAAAACUAUAAGAAUAUAAAAAGUUUAAAAACGUCUUUAAACUUUUUAUAUUCUUAUAGUUUUAAAAUACAAUUUCCGCCUAAUUUUACUUUACUUUUAACAGUAGCUUUUGGCCUCACUUGAACCAACAACACUUAACACUUUCAGUUUUAAGACGCCUAUACACAAAAACUUUACAGCAUAAUUGUUAAAUAACAACUGUAUUAUAUAUUUACAGUGUUUAUUAUUCACACAAUGGGCCAUUGGAUUGGAAGGAUUUUUGUAAUUACAUUGAUUCGGUUAUCUCGAUCGCAUCCUGCUAUUUAUUGUUUCCCUUGGGUUCCUGGCUGUUUGUGACAGCUGGGUCCACCGGUGCCGUUUUACUGUAUUAAGUUUAUUUAAACCAUAGUUAAUGGAAUAGAUGGUUUGGAAACUCAUUAGUCGGUGGGGCCACUUGUGGUGCCCACCGACUUUAGGUUUGCCCUUUGGUACGCCACAAAAUGACAAAUUACGUCAUUUUAAUUACGUAAUUCUUACGAAAUCAAAAUCAAAAUGGCGACCAUGGAAUAGCGUGCAAAAGUUCGCUACUAGAGAGGUUAAGAUACCCCGGUUUCGGAGUACGGGUACGAGUAGUGUCAUCUUGUUUUACUGAUGCCUGUAAUUCGAUCAUACUUUUUCUGUUUUCUUGCAAUAGACAAUGAUAUAAUGCGAAAAAUGUGCACCUUAAUUACGAGUAAAGGUACAGACAUCGACGAAAAUAUUGCUAACCAAAAUCAUCCUACCCGUACACGUACACCGAAACCGGGAUAUCUUAACCUCUCUAUUUCGUGUCUUUUCAUUUGGG